UAUAUGUAUACAAAAAUUUAUAUACAUAUACAUAUGUACAUAUAUGUAUAAGAAUGCGUUUUCGUUUGCUGACUCACUUGCGCAUAGUUGGGCCGGCAAACGCAUAGCAUGUCGGGAAUCGAGAAUGGCCUCGGAGUCAAGUUGUGCGUGCUAAUCUUAUUGAUAACGCACCUCCAUCAAUCGCUGGCACUGGGCACCUCGGGCGUUGACGCCUUCAAGCGACGACUGCGUCGACAGGUGGCGCUGCCGCUUCAACUCGAUGACUACCUCAGCUACGAUGAGAUGCUGGCCUACAUGGCGCAGCUGGCGAGGGCGUACAGUGAUCGCGUUACUCUUCAAGAUGUGGGCGUAACGUACGAGCAGCGUCCACUGAAAUCGCUAACGGUAACUAAUGGCGAUGGACGCGUUGGCAAGAAGGCGAUUCUACUCAUAGCCGGGGCACAUGCGCGCGAAUGGCUAACACCUGUUGCCGCCUUGUACACCUUGGAGCAGCUGGUGGCCAGGCAUGAGGAGAAUGCGCAUUUGCUGCAGGACUACGAUUGGAUUCUGUUGCCGCAGCUCAACCCGGAUGGCUAUAUGUUCUCCCGCACUGUGGACAGAUCGUGGCGCAAUACGCGUUCGCCCAACGGCAACAAUUGCUUCGGCACGAAUCUCAAUCGAAAUUACGAUAUUGAGUGGGGGCAGGGCUAUGCGGAGCUACAGGAUUCCUGUACCGAUCACUAUGCGGGUCCUAAGCCCUUCUGCGCCAUAAUGCAGGAUUUGGUCCAGAGCAAUCGUGGGAUGCUGUUCAUGACGCUGCAUACGCAUCACACAACCAUUUACUAUUCCUGGGCACACACGAGUGCCAGCAGUGCCAAUGACAAGGAAUUGCACGCCGUGGCGGAGGCUGGAGCUGUGGCCAUAUUCAAUGCGACUGGCACAAGAUUCGCCUAUGGGCAGUACGGCAAGGAGGAUGCCUUUGGGGGCACCAGCUUUGACUAUGCCCAUUCUAUUGGAUUUCCGCUGAGCUUUGUGCUGGAACUGUCCGGCGAGCGAGAUGGACUUACCUUUGACUUUUGGCCACCAAAGCACCUGCUGAAGGACCUAGCCGAGGAGUCUUGGGUGGGCAUCAGUGCCAUGGCGAGGAAAGCCAUUGAGCUCUAUCCACCGACGAGGUCUCUGUCUGUGGCUAAGAAUUACUCUGCCUUGUCUAGCUAUGAUGAAGAUACUAUUGCUUAUGAUAAUCAUAACGGUACUCUCUCGCUGACCAGUGCUGGUUAAUGACUUUAAAAUAACUUAAAUGUU